AUGUUUGCUCCAACCUCAGGAGGUCGCUCUCUCCGGAAUCCCCGAAGGCGUCAAAGAACAAGUCUAGACGAAUCCGUUAAACCGCCAAAUCCCAAGCGCCAGAAGUCUACUUUGCGCGAAAAGAAUAUCCAGCGUCCAGCGAACGCAACUGCAGACCUCGAUGUAGAGAGUGAUCAACCUUUAAUCGAUGUUCCUAAGCAAUCUUCCAAGAUUGACGGCAGAGUUGAAGCGGAGCAAACCAUUGCCUUCAGAGGUCCAAAGAAGUUAGAAAAUCUAGCUAGCUUGAAAGAUUCUACUGUUGUCCUGUCUUCCAAUGACUACUACACUGUCACACAGCUCCCUUUGCCUGAACAGCUUCUAGAAGCAAUUACUGUACGAUGUGUAUUCAAUACGAAAAACGGGUUCGCGCUUCUUUUGACCGAAACACGGGCUCUUAUAUGGCCUUAUACGGAGGGUUCUUCUCAAAUAGGGCCUGAGAUUAUCUCAUUGUCAAUGCCGGAUUGGUGCAAGAGUGACGGUGUAGCUUUGAUGGGAACGCUUGUGUCCAACGUGACAUCUACAAUUCCGGGAUUGCUUGUGGUGGCACCAGUCACUGGAAAGUUGAUAUAUUGGGAAAGUGCAUCGAAUGCUACCUUGGUGGGAAUCCCUAAGCAGAAACAAAGUGGCUUACGGGGUGCUAUUCCCGGGCUACUAUCCGGCGAACAGGUCACGGAUGUCAUCAAUGCUGAACCCUCAGGUAUCAUUUUGACUUUUUCAACAGGUAGAGUUGCCCAGGUUACAAUAAGAGAUCCACAAGGAAAACCUGCUUUGUCCAUAAAUUUGCUUCAUCGGGGCCAUUCAAAGUUAACAGCUGGUGGAUUUUUUGACGGCAUCAGGAGUGUUCUGGGGAGCCACUCGUGGCGAAAAGAAAUAGCUGCAGUCAGAACGGGGUCUUCUCUUUUGCGGGGUCAGCGAGAUGUGAUAAUCGCAUAUUGCACAGCCUUACUUGAAAUCUGGGAUUCCCACUGGAAUAACGUUAACACACUUCGUGCUGAGGUGGAUCUACAGGACGAUAUAUACCUUUCGCUGGGGUUAGCAAUUGAAAGCAGAUCUAGUUGUUCCGUUCGAAUAUUAGACUGCAUUGCUAGUCAUGAGGAACAAAAGUCACCUCAUUCCGGCGAAGUACAACAGGAGACUACACUCUUCUUUCUUGCACUUGUAUCUCACGACACAUCAACAAAAACACUUGCUGUUGUGAGGGGCGUAUUUCUUCACGACAAGCUGGAAAUCCGAUCAUCGCAUAAAAUUGACAACCCCGAUAUCACCAAUGAAAUUGACAGACACAGACCGAAGUUACAUAUAACAAAACCUUGGAACACGGCAUUCAUUGUCAUGGAACAGAGGGUAUGGAUUAUUUCGCUGGCAUCGAUUGAACCUACACCUUCUGCGCAACUGUUGGAAAGUAGCACUCCCAGGCCAUUCCAGGAUAGAGUUCAAUUUCAAACCGGUGACAAAUACGAGAUAAUUGGAACUGGGUCACAUGUAGAGGAAGGCUCCCAAUCCGAAAUCCCAACGUGCGUUGUUAUGUUGAGGGAGUUUGGGUUGAUACGGAUAUCAGCUUUGUCUUCCCAACUAGAAACCGAUGACGGUGCGCGUGUCACCGCUAAGCAGAAGAUUGAACAAGCCGUAUUUUUUGGUACUAUGUCGAAUACACCGUUGAGUUUCAUUGAGGAUGGUGGGCCAGCCUUCUCUGUUCAGGAAAUUGAGGACGCGGCAUUAGAAAUAUGCAAGGAUAUUCUUCGGUCAGACACCAAAUUCAUCCCUCACGCCAAUAUAUCACUCGACCACAAUCUGCGUCUGCGCUCAAAGGCGUUGGGCGAUUUGGCCGCAGAACUACUUCGACGCAGGGUGCCGUUAUCGAGGCAGAUUCGAUGGAAGCUGUUGUCGGCUGGUGAGAAAUUGGCUUCUCAGAGAUCCAUUUGGAAGUUAGAAGAAGAGUUUCGCAAGAAAUAUAACUCGCAGACUUUCUUGGCGCGCGCCAUCGGCCUCAUGAAUGAAAAAUUCAGAACAAAACAUGGUUCAAUUGGAUCUCAUCAGAGCGACCAUGUGCGUCAAUGGUUUUUCCACGAUACUUUUCGAAUGCAACACAUCAUUCCCUGGAUAUUCAAUACUAUACGAGGGUCAAAAGGCUCUACUGGACGAUCCGGUACUGCCUUUAUUGCUCAAAUAUACCAAGCAAGCGAGCUCUCCCUUGCAGUAUUAGAGAGCGCGUUUCGCUUCAGGGAAGAUCAUGCAUUGCAAUAUGGCCUUGGAGAAGAAUUGUUUGAAAACGGAGUGCUAGUAUCUGCUUACAACAAUCUUCCCGAGUUCUGGACAUCGGAGAGCAUGGUCUACAGUGAAACCAUGAGCAUGCUUGAUUUGGAGCUUGAGAGUUCUAGGUCCUCGAUGCAACAGCCAUCGUCAAGUGUCGAGAAUGCAGAUUCUCUCAUGCUGGAUAAAAUUGCACAGAAUAGUUGCCGCAGGCUUCGUGUCUUAAAUAUGAUGCUAAAUGAAAGAUCCCGAUGGUUAUCAGUGCAAAAUGACCCAAAAAUUAGAGAAGAGGGCAUUUCCCUGAAGGAAGAUAACCAGAAAAAAAGAAAGUGGCAACUCUUUAAAAUGGCUGGGAUUGGUCAACUUGAAGGGGCGAUUUCCUUAGCUGAGGAAUUACGUGACAUGGAUGCGUUAGUAGAACUGAUGGUAGAGCUUCAAGAUCAAAUCAAGAGUCAUAAGGAUUCUCUUGAGAAUGGAUCGAAAGGCUUGUCUCUGACUGUCAAGGAUAUAUCCGGUUUUACACAAAAGAUAGCUGACUAUUUCGAAAACUUUGGGGAGCAAUGGGCUGAUGCUUUCUUUUCACGACAAAUCAGAGUUGGUCAAUCCGGGGUCUUGUUAUCGAUGAAAGACUAUCAGCCUUACGUCACUCGAUUCUUAAGGAAAUAUCCAUCCUAUGGUCGACUAGCUUGGAUUAAUGAAAUUGUUGGGGAAGAGGAUUAUGAAACUGCCUCGGACGCACUCGAAAAGCUUGCCUUAACACAAGAGCCCAAUUUGUGGAACAAGCGUGUUCAAUUGUCACUCGCCAAAGUAACGAAAUUGGCGUCUUGGGAGAAGGCUGGGAAAUCUGGAAGAAGCCACGGGCAGGCCUGGUUGAAGCGGCUUGACGAUAUCGUGGAGCUCGCCGGGAUCCAGGAGCUUCUCUAUGAACAUAUACUACCUGCAUUGCAUGGUGCCAUUGAUGAAAAGGCAGAGCUUGAGCUCGCAAUGGAGCAUUUCGGGAAUCAAGUCAGUGACCGACCUGCGCUCAAAGAACUCCUCGAAGGGUUGUUGCGGCAGUUAAUAAGCAGAGAAGCACUCAACGCCGACCAACUUAUCAAUCUCAUCACCUUGGUGGAUGAAGUGCGUUUCUUAGAAGGGGAAGAGAGCGCAGCUUUGGGGCGUGAAUUUUAUAUUGCUCUUCGUGUCCUUCGCCUCAGUGACUAUGCAUCGACUGACCCUGUUGGCUAUGACUUUUUGGAGAGAUUGAUAUGGAGAAGGUGCAUUAUCAGAGAUGAUUGGUGCGCAAUUCUAAAAGCAGAACCACGAUUCGACGAUGAGCUGAAGUCGUUACUUCGAGGUACAGCCUUGGUGAAGACCUUGACCGAUUGCAUUGCAGAAGGUAUGUCAAUUUUGCCGGUAGAAUGCGCAGAACUCUACCCCUUAUCCAAGCCAUCAGAGGCCGUCCAAUUCGGAUCUUAUGAACUGGUCCGAAACCGCUUUAAAUCGGAGCAGUGGCCCCAUAUUGAACGAGAUCUCAAUUUAGAGAUAGACACACUAAAGCGACUCAUAGAAGAGGGUCAACUGGCAUUAUGGUUCCCUGAGAUUUUGGGGUUGGCUGAAGAAGACUCCGCUGCAGUCAAUGCAGUCAAUGACCAGGCGGGGCGGCAAUCCAUUAGAGCUAGAUCUACUUGGGUAUAG